GACAACGGGCGAUUUUAUCAUCUGUUUGACUAACGCCACUGCAACAGCAACAUGACCGGUCGAGGCAAAGGUGGUAAGGGGCUGGGAAAGGGAGGCGCCAAGCGUCACAGGAAGGUGCUCCGUGACAACAUCCAGGGCAUCACCAAGCCCGCAAUCCGUCGUCUGGCUCGCCGCGGCGGUGUCAAGCGUAUCUCGGGCCUCAUCUACGAGGAGACCCGCGGAGUGCUCAAGGUGUUUCUGGAGAACGUGAUCCGUGACGCCGUCACAUACACCGAGCACGCCAAGAGGAAGACGGUCACCGCCAUGGACGUCGUGUACGCGCUCAAACGCCAGGGCCGCACACUGUACGGUUUCGGAGGUUAAGCUGAGCUGCCGCCUGUUCCGCGCGCGACAUCGCCCCACAAAAGGCCUUUUUAAAGGCCACCAUAAACUCUAUCGUUUUUACGUUUCUCUUCGGCUUAGACAACGGAUACCGCUGUUUUUUCUCGAUUUUAUUCUAAGUAUUACAAGUGACAAUAAUAACAAUUUCAUUAAUACAUAUAAUAUAUA